GACAGUUGUUAGUUUUCGUUGUUGAUAAACGAAAGCGGGGUUGUUUUUAAAACUUUGAGUUUUUAAUAUAAAUUAAGAUGAAGACUGAUUUACAGACGCCGGAAAAACCGAAAAUUCCAUUACCAACACUAUCUCAAAUAAAUGCCGAUAGAAUAACGCUUUUAGCUCAACAGUACUGGUCUCCGCAAACCAAAGAGGAACACUUACCCUAUGAUGCUGCUAUUGUGGAGUCAAUUUAUCAAGCGGAGAUCCUCGGUUCAAAUUUUGGUGUCCGUCGCAUCAUGAUGUUGGAGUUUUCUCAAUAUCUUGAGAACUAUCUCUGGCCCCACUAUGUGACUGGGGAGGCUACACACUCGCAUAUGAUGUCAAUUAUAGUUAUGAUCAAUGAGAAGUUCAGGGAGAGGGUGCCGGCUUGGCAGGCGUUCCUCAAACAGCCAGAUCACUUCCCUGGUUUCUUUGAGCAAGUUUUAAAAGCAAGUGUAUCAGAUAGCAACCACAUGAAGGAGCAGACGGCAUUGUUGUGCUUCCUGAACCACUGCUUUGGCAGUAUGGAAGUACAGCUUUGUAGGGACCAGGUUAAACGACUGGUUUCACUUAGUAUGUGGAUUAGUUUACAAGAAGGUAGAAGAAACCAGGAAUUCAAAGCUGUACCAAAAUGGCGGAAGUAUUGGAGAGCUAUACAAAAGAAAGACAAGCCGGAGUUGUUAGAAAAAUUGAACUGGGAACGGAGGUAUCUUCAGCGGCUGAUGAUUAAGUUCAUGGGGAUCCUGGAGAGUAUUCCAGAGAGUGGUGAUGUCAAUGUUGAUGCUGUUCGGUACUGCGAGCGGUUCCUUGAGCUGGUGAUCGAGUUGGAGGCUUUGCUGCCAACUCGUCGCUUCUUCAACACCGUGCUGGAUGAUUGUCACCUCGUUGUCCGCUGUCAACUGGCUCCACUUAUCACACGAACAGAAGGACAGCUGUUCGCUCAGCUUCUCGAGAUGCUGAAAUUUUAUGCUCGUUUUGAGAUCAGCGACGAAACCGGUGAUCCCAUGACCGACCGCGACAUGACCUUACAGCACUAUUCCAGAAUAACAUCACUACAGAAAGCUGCGUUUACAAAGUUUCCCGAUCUAAGAUUGUUCUCUCUAGCAAACGUAGCAAGCGUUGAUACCAGGGAAUCUCUUCAGAAACACUUUGGGAAUCUCAGUGAUAAGGCAUUAAGGGCCAUUGCCACUUAUCUGAAUUUAGUUCCCACGGAAGGCAAGGAAGAUGAAGCGCCUUGGCACAGACUGGACAAAGAUUUCCUCAGGGAACUUUUGAUAUCAAGACACGAGCGAAGAAUUUCUCAGCUGGAAGAAUUGAAUUCAAUGCCCCUAUAUCCCACCGAGAAGGUUGUGUGGGACGAGCACGUGGUGCCGACUGAGGUUUACAGCGGGGAGCGAUGCCUCGCCUUACCCAAACUUAAUCUCCAAUUCCUGACACUUCACGAUUACCUGUUGAGGAACUUCAACCUUUUCCGCCUAGAGAGUACAUAUGAGAUCCGUCAGGACAUUGAGGAUGCUGUUUAUCGCCUGUCACCAUGGAAAUCUGAAGACGGUACUGUGAUAUUCGGAGGCUGGGCACGUAUGGCUCAUCCUAUCCAAAGCUUCGCUGUGGUUGAGGUGGCGAAACCGAAUAUAGGAGAGAAGGCGCCUUCAAGGGUCCGUGCUGACGUCACAGUGACCCUCAGCGUCAGGAACGAGAUCAAGCACGAGUGGGAGAGUCUCAGGAAGCACGAUGUAUGCUUCCUUAUAACCGUACGGCCUAGCGAGGGUAUAGGGACGAAAUACGAUUACAAGAAGAGUAUGGUCGACCAGGCUGGUAUAGUCUACAUCCGAGGUUGUGAGGUCGAGGGGAUGUUGGACGCCGGCGGGAGGGUCAUAGAGGACGGGCCAGAACCUCGACCAGAACUAGAGGGAGAUUCCAGAACAUUCAGGCUGCUGCUAGACCCUAACCAGUAUAGGUUGGACCUUGACGAAGCCAGCAAAGGAAAAGAGGAUGUGUACGAGACAUUCAAUAUCGUUGUCCGACGGAAGCCUAAAGAGAACAACUUUAAGGCUGUUCUGGAGACGAUACGAGAGCUGAUGAACACGGAGUGCGUGGUGCCUGAGUGGCUUCAUGACAUAGUGCUGGGCUAUGGCGACCCUGGGCAGGCGCACUACACCAGGAUGCCCAACGAAAUCCCUACCCUGGAUUUCAACGACACGUUCCUGGAUAUGGAACAUCUACGGAACAGUUUCCCGGGACACGAGAUAAAGGUACAGACGGACGAUCCGCGGAAACUCGUCCGACCGUUCAAAUUGACUUUCGAGAACGUUCUACGUAAACAGCGAGGCGAAACGGAUAUGGAUGAAGAGGAACCCAAGAAGGUUAUAGUUGUAGAACCUCACGUGCUGCCCAAGAGAGGGCCGUACCUGUACAAUGAACCUAAAAAGAACAACAUACUGUUUACGCCGACCCAGGUGGAAGCGAUCCGUUCAGGAAUGCAGCCGGGGCUGACGGUCGUGGUGGGACCUCCCGGCACGGGUAAAACUGAUGUCGCAGUCCAGAUAAUAUCGAACUUGUACCACAACUUCCCGUCCCAGAGGACGUUAGUUGUGACGCACAGUAAUCAAGCUCUUAACCAGCUGUUCGAGAAGGUUGCUGAGCUGGAUGUGGACGAAAGGCACCUGCUGCGUCUUGGACACGGCGAGGAGGCUUUGCAGACGGACAAGGACUUCUCCAGGUAUGGACGUGUGAAUUACGUGCUGGCAAAGCGUUUGGAGCUCCUCGGUCAGGUGUCGCGUCUUCAGACCACGCUGGGGGCGGGGGGAGAGGCGGGUGGGGCGGGAGGGGAGGCCGGAGCCACGUGCGAGUUAGCACACCACUUCCACGUGUAUCACGUCAAGCCGAGAUGGGAAGCCUUCCUCAGGACAUGCGAAAGAGAUCAGAAAAAGUCUGUAGAAACCAUCAGUAAAGAGUUCCCAUUCCACGAGUUCUUCGACGGUGCUCCCAAGCCGCUGUUCCCGGGGAAGUCUUAUGAUGAAGAUAUGGAGAUCGCACACAGUUGCUAUAGAUACAUCCGCCACAUCUUCGAGGAGUUGGAGGAGUUCCGAGCGUUCGAGCUGCUGCGAUCCGGUCUGGACAGGUCCAAGUACCUACUGGUGAAGGAAGCUAAGAUCAUAGCCAUGACUUGCACACACGCAGCGCUCAAACGAUCUGAACUAGUACAAAUGGGUUUCAAAUACGACAACAUUCUGAUGGAGGAGUCCGCACAAAUUCUUGAAAUAGAGACCUUCAUACCACUGCUGCUGCAGAACCCUCAAGAUGGUAGGUCCCGGUUGAAGAGGUGGAUAAUGAUCGGCGACCACCACCAGCUACCGCCGGUGGUGAAGAACAUGGCUUUCCAGAAGUACUGUAAUAUGGAACAAAGCCUUUUCACGAGGAUGGUGAGACUCGGUGUGCCGUAUGUGGAGUUGGAUGCUCAGGGAAGAGCCAGAUCUAGCAUAUGCAACCUGUACCGCUGGCGCUAUCGUAACCUGGGAGACCUGCGACACGUCUGCCAGCUGCCAGAGUACCGCGCGGCCAACGCCGGCCUCAGGCACGACAUACAACUCAUCAAUGUAGACGACUUUAAUGGAGCUGGAGAGACGGAACCCAGCCCGUACUUCUAUCAGAAUUUGGCAGAAGCGGAAUAUGUCGUGGCCGUGUUUAUGUACAUGCGUCUGAUAGGCUGGCCAGCUGAGAAGAUCUCGAUCCUCACCACUUACAACGGACAGAAACAUCUCAUUAGGGACGUUAUAAACAAACGGUGCGCCGACAACCCGCUCAUUGGGAGACCACAUAAGGUGACGACAGUAGACAAGUAUCAGGGUCAGCAGAACGACAUCGCUCUCAUAUCGCUCGUGCGGACGAAGGCGGUGGGUCACGUGAGGGAUCUGAGACGUCUUAUAGUGGCGACCUCUAGGGCUCGCCUCGGACUGUAUAUCUUCGCUAGAGCCAGCCUCUUCAGGAACUGCUUCGAAUUGCAGCCGACAUUCAAUCAGUUGUUAGAGCGGCCGUUACAGCUGGAGUUGAUCCCGGGUGAGUCAUACCCGGCCCAGAGGACGCUCAGUGCUGCCGUGCCCGAGGAGCUAGUGCUGCGUGUAAUGGACAUGCCGCACAUGGCGCGAUACGUUUACGAUAUGUACAUACAGAGAGUCAGGGACUCAGCUCAGGAUUCCACAUGGAGCGCCCCCGGAUCUGAUCGUUCAGCUCGCUCCAAGGAGGCGGAUCAUCACGUGGCGGUGCACCCGGGGGGUGACAGCGACGAGGACGACGCCACCGCCUUCCAACCCACGGAUAUAGUGAACGAGAUCGAGGAACAGGAGUGAAGCUGUUGUGCUGAUUAGAAUUAAGUCGCAAUAAACAUUUUGUAAAAAAAAUCUCGUCUUUUUUCUGAUAAGUCAUAGUAAUGCCUGUUUUUACGUUUAAUAUACCGUGGUCAACUUGA